UUGCAAAAAAAAUCACUGAGAAGGAAAGAAGGCAACUGCCUGGAUCCUACCUUUUUGAUUAGUUUCCUAUUUAUUUAUUUUUAAGUUUGUGCCUGACCGCUCAACAAAGAUAAUUUUAUCACCAAGGGAUACACAUGUUCACAGCAUAAACGCUGGUUUCUACAACAGUGAUGGCAAGCAGUAUGGAUCCAGACAGGGACCAGGCAGUGCCUGAUGGAGAAGAACCUAAUGUGAAGGCAGUGCAAGCUCACUAUCUUCGAAGCCCUUCGCCUAGCCGGUUUUCAGUGCUAUCAGAUGCAGAGACUGAGAGCAUCUUCAUGGAACCCAUCCAUCUAUCAUCUGCUGUGGCUGCUAAACAGAUCAUCAAGGAAGAGCUGAAGACAAAAGAAGUAAAAGUAGACGCUGUAUGUCCAGGGAUGCUGGAAUCUGCAGAGCAGUUGCUAAUGGAAGAUCUCUAUAACCGAGUUAAGGAAAAGAUAGAUGAUACUAGCCUGUUCAACACACCAUGUGUUAUGGACAUACAGAGAGCACUUAUGAAAGACUAUCUGGAAUCACCAAGGGAAGCCAUUGAUGAGGUCUGGCCAAAUAUCUUCUUAGCAGAAAAGAGUGCUGCAGUAAAUAAAGGACGGCUAAAGAGGCUAGGAAUUACUCACAUCCUGAAUGCUGCUCAUGGCACUGGUGUAUAUACAGGACCAGAUUUUUAUAAUGGAAUGAAUAUUCAGUACUUGGGCAUUGAGGUGGAUGAUUUUCCAGAUGAGGAGAUCGCGAAACAUUUCCGUCCUGCAGCAGAGUUUCUUGAUGAAGCAUUAUUAACCUGCAGAGGAAAAGUUCUGGUGAGCAGUGAAAUGGGAGUCAGUCGCUCAGCGGUGCUAGUAUCUGCUUAUCUAAUGAUCUUCCAUCAUAUGACAAUAUUAGAAGCUUUACUGACUAUCCGUAAGAAGAGAGCUAUUUAUCCUAAUGAUGGCUUUCUGAAACAGCUCCGAGAACUCAAUGAAAAGCUACUGGCGGAACGGGAAGAGGAAGAAGAUUCUGAAGAUACAACAGAUGGCCAAAGUUCUGUUAUACGAGCUGGAAGUUGUUCCUUACUAUCUGAGACAGAAGAUUCUAAGAGUAUUGUGGGAGCCAAAGUCCACUCUAUCAUGGUAGAGGAAGAAGACACAACAAGUCUCCUGGGAAGUGCAAUGACUGCCUCUUCUGUGGGAAAGUUGAGUCAGUUUUCCAAGGAGCCUACUCUUAUCAGUGAAGAGGAAGAGGAAGAACUCUAUGAAGAAUGGAGAAGAAAACAAGGCUUGCCCGCCAAGGAAAUUUUAAAGAAAAAUGCAGAAAGUAAGCCCUCAGACGUAUCAUUUCAAGGACAAGUAGAAUCUGAGGAAAAUGUAGAUCAAAUGAUUCAAGCAUGGCAAUGCCAAAAUGAGAAGUACCAAAUGGAAAGCUACAUGUUUUCCAAGGAAGGGGAGUCUAACAUGGGACAAAAAUCAUGCCUCGUAAAUGAUACAAGUGAUACUGAAAGUGUGAGUAGCCAAGAAAUCAGGAUCUUGAAACAAGAGCUGGAAGCAAGUAGCAUCAACAGAAUGAGAAGAGGGCGUACAGAUUCGAUGUCAACAGAAAGUAGCUGGGAUAUGUGGAAUGAGAGGAUGAUGGAGAUAGAAAAAGAAGCCUCUAAGAAAUAUUGCUCAAGAGGUAGAUAUACUAAUGAGAAUCUAAGAUCUGAAAAUGGAACAGGGGAAAGGGAUAUAGAUACAGAAAGUGUACUAACUGGAACAGGGGAAAGGGAUAUAGAUACAGAAAGUGUACUAACUGAUACUAGUUCAUUUUAUAAUUUCUGCCAAAAAAACAAAGACAAGUUGACAGCCUUAGAAAGAUGGAAGAUUAAAAGAAUCCAGUUUGGUUUUCAUAAAAAAGAUUCAGAAGUUGAGCAAUCCAAGGCUGAAGACAGUAGCCAACAAAAUAAAGAAUCUAUGGAAGAAGAGAAGAGCUUGUCAGAUAUCAAUAUGACUGCCUACCAAGCCUGGAAAACUAAGCACCAGAAGAAAUUUGGUAGUGAAAAUAAGGAUGAUAUUGUAGAGCUUACCAAAGGUGAGAACUCCACUUGUGCCAGGAGAAAACAGAGACGAAUGGAGUUACUUGAACACUCAAAGAAGGUUUUGGAGGAAAGCCAGUCUCUCUGUAGCUGGGAGGCAGAAACUUCCAUGAGUGGAAGCAUCCCUUUGUCAGCUUUUUGGCCAUCAACAGCUUCUGUAAAUGGGAUAGAGGAUUCAGCUUCAGCAAUAAGCAUGCAGACCAAUCGCUCAUCUUUUUCUCAGGCUAAAAGCAGUCAUGGGGGUAAGUCAGCAAGUGUGCCUGGCCCAUCCAUUGGCCCUGAUGAAACAAUAUCAAUAGCCAGCAUUCAAAAUUGGAUUGCCAAUGUUGUUAAUGAAACUAUCGCUCAGAAACAAAAUGAAAUCCUUAUGUUGUCUCGUUCACCAUCUGUAUUGUCUUCCAGUGUUAAGUCAGGUGAUCCAAAUAGACAUGCAGAAAAUGACAGGUCAUCUCUGCUUAAAGCACAAACUGGUUUACCUCUAUCUAGUUCUACUUCACUGCUUAAUCAAAACCCUCAGUAUGCUGACACUCAAUCCAUCCUAUCUUGUAACACUUCAGUCAGUAUGGAAGACUCUGUCUCAACUAGAAAAGUAACUCAGACAAGUAAACCUCUUUUCAGCCUUUUUGCUGAUGAGGUAGAUCUGAAGAAACUUAGCAGAAAGGAAAGGGAGAUGCAAACAGAAAUGAGAGAGAAGAUUUCAGAUUACCAAACUGAGAAACUUAUUAAUGAGAAUAAACGUAGCACAUUAUUUAAGAAGAAAAAGAUCAAGGGAAAUGAUGAAGAUGAAAAAAGAGAAAAUCUAUAUGACAGAAGUAUAGAAAAUGUAAAUGGUGGCCCUAGGCAUCCAUCAACAGAUGAUAAUAAUUCCAGUGACACAGUUUCUGCUCUCUCAGGCCAAUUUGCUAAUGUUGGGGGUGUUAUAAAGUCAGAAGUAGAAAGCAAUGUAAACAAGUGGCUCAGAGGUUUGAAAGCAGAAGAAAAGUCCUCUUAUAAGGACUUCACUGAGGGCAGUAGUGAGAAAUAUAAGAACUCAUCCACUUUCAGAAAGGUGGACACUGAAGCUUCUAGUUAUAGAAGUUCCAGAUCUCAGAGAGAAGAAAUGAAUAGUUCUGCAACCCAUCAGUAUCAGAACAAACUGCAAAGAACCUCUUCCCAAUUUUCCUCUGCCUCUGCUCAAGAAUCAGAAUCAAAAAUGAGUGAGAUAAAUUCUGCAGAAGGAAGUCCAGAGCCGUGUUUUUCUAGAACUCCAAAAUCCCCCUAUACCUCAGAAUUCUCCAAACCUUUGACCAGAUUGUAUCACUUGGAAGAACACGAAGAGGAGUCCAGAUUAGACAUGACUGAAUCUGGAGCAAAGAGAAAAUUCACCCAGAGUUUUGCAAAGUCUGAAGAUGGUACAGAAAAAGAAGAAAAUAUGGAAGAAAGCAAAGAGUAUAUCACAUCAAAACAUUUAAUAAGAAACAGACAAAGCACUCAUAAGAAGGAGGAAGAAAUGGAUGAUGAUGCCAUCAUUGCUGCCUGGAGAAGUCGACAAGCAGAAACUAAAGCAAAGCUUCAGCGACAGAAAGGAGUAAUGAAGAGUUAAGUCAUGCCAGUCCAUUUCUACCUUACUUUUGGAGGAAACCUUCUAAGUAUUUGUAAGCAACCAAGGUUUAAAUAGUAUACUUUAAUCACUUUAUUUAUAUUUGUUAUUCACCUUUCCACUAAAUAGUAGAUCAAGCACUAUUUAGGCCUGGAUUUUCAUUCAGUUCGAUCAUUGUGGGAAUAAUCUGUAAUCUCAACUUCUAAUAUUCUUUUCUUUCUAAUUACAAAACUACAUAGCUA